AAUGGCAAAUUCCUUUGCAUCAAAGACCUUCACUGCACUUUCAGAUCUGCAUCCAAAUAUGGCUAAUCUGAAAAUAAUUGGUAUAGUUAUUGGGAAAACAGAUGUCAAAGGCUUUCCAGACAGAAAAAAUAUCGGAUCAGAGAGGUACACUUUCAGUUUUACCAUUCGGGACUCACCAACCCAUUUUGUAAAUGCAACGUCCUGGGGCAGCGAAGGUUACAUCAGGUCGCUUUCUGACAGCUUUAGGGUUGGCGAGUGCGUGAUAAUUGAAAAUCCCCUGAUUCAAAGAAAGGAAUUAGAAAGAGAAGAAAAAUUCAGCCCUGCGACUCCUGGCAACUGUAAACUAUUGCUCAGUGAGAAUCACUCCAUGGUAAAAGUUUGUUCCGGUUACCAAGUGGACAACAAGCUCCUUGCUUUGAUAUACUUACCUGUUAAAGAGUCUCGUGAUUUUUAUUCAUUGGGUGAUAUUGUUGCAAACGGAUGCAGUCUGGAUGGGAGGAUUAUUAAUGUGCUUGCGGCAGUGAGGUCGGUUGGAGAGCCAAAAUACUUUACAACUUCAGACCGGAGAAAAGGCCAGAGGUGUGAGGUGAAGCUCUAUGAUGAGACAGAGUCUUCUUUUGCAAUGAUAUGUUGGGAUAAUGAAUCUAUCCUGGUUGCACAGAGCUGGGUGCCACGAGACACAGUAAUAUUUGCCUCAGACGUAAGAAUAAGUUUUGACAAAUUUCGGAACUGCAUGACAGCAACUGUAAUCUCAAAAACCAUUAUUACGACCAAUCCAGAUACCCCAGAAGCUAACAUCCUAUUGAAUUUUAUAAGAGAAAAUAAAGAAACAAAUCCUCUGGAUGAUGAGAUUGACAGUUAUUUGAAAGAAUCUAUAAAUUUAAAUACAAUAGUUGAUGUCUAUACAGUUGAGCAAUUAAAGGUAAGAGCUUCAAAGAACGAAGGGAAGGCUGAUCCUUUCUACGGCAUUCUUUAUGCUUACAUUUCUACACUGAACAUUGAUGAUGACAGUACAACAGUAGUUCGACACCGAUGCUCUGGCUGUGGUUACGUUGUAAAGGAAGCAUCCAACACUUGUACUGCUUGCAACAAAGAUUCUUUUGAAUUUAGAUCUGUUUUUCUCAGCUUCCACUUGCUAAUUGACCUCACUGACCACACAGGUACCCUCCAUGCCUGCAGUCUUACAGGAAGGGUUGCUGAGGAGACUUUAGGCUGCACGGUAAAUGAGUUUCUUGCAAUGACGGAUGAACAGAAAACAGCAUUGAAGUGGCAACUUCUUCUGGAAAGAAGCAAAAUUUAUUUAAAAUUUUUUUUAUCACACAGAGCAAGGGGUGGAUUGAGAAUUAGUGUGCUCUCAUGUAAGCUCGCAGACCCUAUUGAGGCAAGUAGGAAUUUGUCUGGACAAGGAAAUAUUUAAAACAAGAUACUUUAAACUCUGGACAAGAAUAUGAGUUACAACUCUCUUGAAAGUGGAAAAUGAGUUUGAAAAUUAUGGAUAAAAUUGUAUUUUCAAAGGUGGUAAAAAUGUUUCUAUAAAUUGUUAUUAUGUUUCCUUCUGGAGUUGGUUAGGGGUUAAGUCUUAAAAUCUCUCAUUCACCCCAGCUCCUUUCUUAGAAGGCUUUUUCUACUGACUUUGUCCUCUCUCCCCAAGUUGGAAAAUGUUUGCGUGAAUUAAUAAACAAAUUUAAUCUUCCCCA